UGUCGCAGAAGUCAGAAAAAAUAGAAAAAGUCCCGGACGUUCACUGAAAAAAAUGCAUAUAAUUUGAUAUGGAAGUUACAUAUAGGGGAGACCGGAACAAGUUGUUUCAUGAGAAUGAUCACGGCGCUACCAGUACCUUCGGUGAAGGUCUUUCAUAAAACUUAUUACCAGGAAAAAAGUUCGCGAAUAGGAAAUAGUCAGCCGGGUAGCCCAUUGGCGGAAAGCGAGGCAGUACUAACGAUAGAUAAGGAACCUCCGGAAUAUUAUUUCUGCGGACAGGUCAAUUCGCUGUAUGUCGUCGUCGGCUCGUUGCUGAUGGGAGCAGUAGUGCUAGUCGUCGGUUUGGUACAACUCGCACCAGGUGCAGAAGCUGCUCAGAACUCAGCAGCUUUGAUCGCCACAGGAAGCAGUCUUUUAGUAAUAGGAGCAUUCCUCGCACCGUUACGAGCGAUUUGUAUCAAAAGGCAGAACGUGGCUCAAAAGGAAAAUACUCAUCAGCGCAGCGUCACCAGUAUAGACAUGUUGCUGGCCCAGCAUAGGGACUUCACGGUCCUGACGCCCGAUGAACUCGAGGACCUCGUGAGCCGGCCGGUGUCCAAUAAUAUGGAGAACAAGAUGCAGCAGGAUCACAACACCUAGGUACUAAUUGCUUCGAGGAGGGUAUCACCUUCCGCGUUGUCAUCAUUUUCGCCGUGCUCGAACGUCACUAUCGUCCGUUGUGUUGCCAGGAUCAAGCUCCUCCAUUUUAUCACACAUCAUUACGAUACGCGCGAGUAUAGUUUGGUUUAAUUGAUGUGCAUUCAUACCACCGCCGUUGUUAGCAUAGGACCACAAGGACCCUCCAUACAUAUUUUUUCUAACGCGUGCACCGCGCAGUUGUG